AUGGUUCGCCAGGCCAAUGUCCUCGCCAGCUGCUACGUUGUCGACCCUACCGCCGCCCUGAAGGGCUUCCACUACUGCACUACCCUCGCUGCAGGGGCAGAGUGUCCCCCCCUCGCGGCCAUCACCCAAGACAACGAGCUCGCUCUGACGCCCAAGAAGAAGCGCAGCUCCGCCGCCAACAGCAGCGCCAACAACAACAAUAACCGCCGCAGCCGCCGAGGGGGGGCAACACUCCAGAUCAGGGAAGAAUGUGAGAGAUUCUUUUGUGACACCAUGAAAGCCGUGUUCCAGGUUGAGGGGAACAUGGCCGGUAGUGGCUCCAGCCUGACGGGUGUUUACUACAACACACCACCACCUACCGACUAUCCCACGCCGCCGUCCUCUUUCUCGAGCGCCGAUGGCUUCAUGAAGCCCGCCAUCGCCGCCAACCAGUGGAUGGAGUUCUGGGAUUACGCGGGAGGUGCAAGUUUCCGAGCCUUUGUGUCUGAGGAAGACGCCGAGAGGACACUCUUUGCCUUCUUUGACGUGGGACUGCUUGGCCGAGAUCUGAAGCAAGCCUUGAUUGCCUUCAUUGAACUCGCCGAAGGUCCCCUUGAUUGCUCUCAAGUGGUCAUCUGCCUGGACAGACUGAUUCCCAAAGAUGACGCAAAAGCCCUGAUGCGCAGCUUCCAAUGGGUCGGCUUCGAACUGACCACAUUGGAUCACUGGGCCAAGGGAUUCGACGUAACCAGCGAUAAGUGGUUGUUCAUGGCCAUGGACGUCUAA